AUGAAUAAUUUGUUUAUUGUAAAUAUAUUAUUAUUAUUUUUAAUAUUUCAUAAAGGAUAUUUUCAACUUGCUGCUGUUUAUGAUGGUGCUACUAGAUUAAAUGAUUGUUCAUCAUGGUCAAGUUGGGGUCCAUGUAUAUUUCCAUCCAAAGAAUCUCCUGUUCCAUAUUUAAAACAACUUACACCACUUUGCCAAAAACAUUGGUUUUAUCAAUUUAUUUCACAAAAAUAUGCUCCUGCAUUAAACAGUUUUAUGAAUUAUAUGGCAGACAUAUUAAUUGGUGAAGGCCCAUGUGGUUUGUGUUCAUAUAAACAAAGUUGUGGAUAUGGAGGUAAACGUCAAUGCAAUACAUCCCCAUUUUCAGUUAAGGGUGGUAGAUCAUUAAUGCCAUUUUAUGUUGCUGAAAAUGUUUGUAGUACAAAAGAUCUUCAUGGAAAACAUCAAAAAAAUUCUUGCAUGGUUAAUUAUGAAAAAGUAUUACAAAAUGGUGGAGAAUGUAAAUUGUGGCCAGCACCAAGCGUCAACUUAUCAUCAAUUGAACCGGCUUUUCAAGAGCAUGUUAGAAAUCUUCUAUGGUAUAGUUGUCUACCACAGAUAACAAAAAAUGUUGAUGGUGAUAAACCAAGAAUUAAAAAAGUUUGCCGAUGUUGUUGUUUUCCAUACAAACCAAAUCCUGUAACAUUUAUGUGCGAAAAAAUGAAAGGUAUGCCUGAUGCUCCUGGAUCCGAAUUACUAUAA